AUGACUAAGAAUUGGAGAAAAGAGACUCGAGCAAAUGAUGUUGUGGUAUUAGAGCAUGAGAUUGAUAGGUACAUCACCAACCGUAUUGAAAAUGUGGUUGACGAAUUUGAUGUUUUGAAGUGGUGGAAAUUGAAUGGGGUUAAGUAUCCAGGGUUGGCACUUAUUGCAAAGGAUGUGUUUGCCAUCCAGGUAUUAACGGUGGCUUCAGAAUUAUGCUUUAGCACGGGUGGUCGGGUAGUUAAUUCAUUUUGUGCUUCUUUGACUCCUAAGAUUGUGGAUGCCUUAAUUUGUUCUCAAAAUUGGUUGAGGUCGGAUGACAUAUCCUCUUUACAAUAUGAGCCAACAAUUCAAGAGAUGGAGUUCUAUGAAUCAAUUGAAUUAGAUAUUAUGAGUUCAUCUACACCUAGCACCAUAGCUCCAGCUACUUUUCAAUGUUAUGAGGAAUUUAAUGAAGUUGGAUUGAAUUUGGAUUGUAAUCCGCCCUGCCCAAACCAAAACCACAGGAACUAA